GAUCAACCAAGACCUAAGAAGACCAAAAAUCAAACUAUCUGAAGAAGAAGACGACCCGCAGUUUGCUAAACAAGAAACAUGGACAAAAUUAUUAUCGCUUUGCUUGUUUUCUUCGUUGUUACCGCAUACACCACACAAGUUCCUGAUGGCCCGUACAAGAUCUCGGUGUAUCCCAAGCAUCACGACUUCGUCACACGUCCCUGCCAUAUACUGAUGAUGAAAGUCGGCCUAAACGGUAAACGUACUCUGGGACUUGGAACCUGUUGCGAUCAGGACCAGUGGACAGACCUUCGAAUUGUACGAGGACGGGCCGGUGGAGUUACCAAAUUGAAGAUAAUGAGCAACGAUUUGAAUUAUGUUCUUACAGACAAACUGGAAUUCGUGAAUACUACUUUUGCGUCGAGCAUGAAUCCAAACAAMGUGUAUUUCAAGACUGGACUUACCAUACUGUCACGCAGAGAUAAAACAUAUCUAAAACCAAUGUCUUCUCCUAACAAAUUCCUCUCGGGUGACCUUUAUUGGACGAAAAAAGUUACACUGGUCAACCGAGAAUCUUUAAUUACAAACUUCAUGCUGAGUAAUUCUACUUGCCAAGCUUACUUACAGUAUCCUAGUUUCAACUACUGCCAACAAAUUGCAGGUAUAAGAUGUGGCUAAGGCCACUCAAGCCAUUUAGUUUGCUUUAAUGUAGCCUGCAUAUCGGUCCAAAGGUUUAGGGGAUAAUGGCCCCCCCCUUCCCUUCUCCGAAAUUCUGCCCCACCCCAACCGUUUGGGCCGCUACGCAGGCUAGAAGUUAAAAGUUGCACGUGCACAUGUAAGCUCAAUAUCAGUAGUAGUAGUUUAGGGUAAAUAAGGUCGAUACUGAGUCAAUAUUUCAUAUCCACUACGUCUAUUAUUUUAUUAGUAUUGCCAAGCUUUCGGCCAUAUUGGCAUUCUUCAGGGCAACGUGUUAUUUCAUGUAGCCUUGAAUCGCCAAUAUGGCCGAAGUUAUAAACGUAGUGAAUACGAAAUCUUGACUCAAAUGCAUCCUACGUACAAGAAUACAUUUGGAGGUCGUUACKGCUUGAUGUUUUUAGUGCCGAAGGACAUUCUCGUACCCAGACCCUUCUCUACAAAAAAUUGAAGGUUUUGGUAACACGCAAACCGGAAGACCCAGAUGUCGUCAGAUAUGCGCAUGCUCCACAUAUUCUGACUUCCGGUAUAACUUCAAACCGUGUUUUUUUAAAUGAAAAACAAUCAAGCUUAUUUUAUCCAUUGCAAAUGGAACAGUUUAUUUGUCUGUGAUUAACAUUGUGAUGCGUACGGUAAAGCAUUCAAAUGUCAACCGUUGUACGAUAAAAAAUCCGCGAAACAGAUGAUUAUGCAAAAAAUUUAAACCAAUCAAAUGAACGGUCGAUUUGUUUGUUACAAGAGCCUUCGAUUUUUCAUUAGAAAGCUGAGAAGGCUUUGGUUACGAUGAGAAUGUGCCGAAUGAUUGAGGCAUCCGAACUAAAAAUGAUACUGAUCUGAGUAAAAAUGUCCACUCGUAUUCACAUAAAUUUUUGUACGUAGAUUGAAUAAUUUAUUUUUUGCCAGAUGAUAUUUAAAAAAAUCUUUUUAAUGUAUUUUUACUCAAUUAAAACGACGAGGUUUAUUUGGACCCGGCGUGAUUAUUUAAUAACCAUAUUUUGCUUUUGAAGUGUAACAAGAUUCCAAGGUUAUAUGUAAUAGUAUUGAGUUAUAUUUAAUAAAGAUUAUGUCUAAAACAUA